UUAUCUCUUUUAAAAUUAUAUAAAGAAAAAUGAGUAAACUUGUCGUAUAUGGUGGGGCUGGCGCUUUGGGACGCACUCUUGUUCAACAUUUUAAGACAAAAGGAUAUACCGUGAUUAAUGUUGAUCUGGUUGAGAAUAAAGAUGCUGAUUUUAAUACUCUGACUACUAUUUCUGGAUCUCUCUCCGAGCAAGGUCACGCUAUAAAUGAAUCAAUUGCUUCUGUAUUGGGUACAGAAAAAUUAUGUGGUGUGUUUUGUGUCGCAGGUGGUUGGGCUGGCGGAAAUGCUGGAAGCAAGGAUUUCUUAGCAAAUUCCGAGCUUAUGCUUGAUCAAAGUGUAAACUCUUCUUUGAUUGCUGCCAACAUUGCCUCCAACCAUCUUCAGCCUAAUGGUUUACUCACUCUGACAGGUGCACUACCUGCAUUAAAAGCAACCCCUUAUAUGAUUGGUUAUGGUGUUGCAAAAGCUGCCGUUCAUCAUCUUGUUAAAAACUUGGCCGCACCCAAGAGUGGACUUCCUGAUGGAUGUAAAGUGACUGCACUUUUACCUGUCACAAUUGAUACUCCCAUGAAUAGAAAGUUUAUGUCUGACGCAGAUUUUAGCACGUGGACCUCCCCAGGAGACAUUGCAAAUCAAUUGGAGGGAUACCUUACCGGGGGGUUCCCUCUUACUAGUGGCCGACUUGUUAGUGUCGUAACCGUUGGUGGUAUCACUUCAUUCGAACAGAUCGAAUAAGUUUUGGUUUCUAUCGUUUGGUAGUGCAGCUACCCAUAAUAAAAAUUUCUUUUUGUAAUACAUAUAAAAUGGUUAGAAAAGGAAAAAUUCUUUGACGA